ACCAAACGGUGAACAAGGAAAACUGACAAUGUUUGCUCAAUCGCAGUCGCAGUACAUGGACUUGGGUCCAAAACCUAAUAGAAUAAGACAUAUGGACAGAAACUCUGAGUAUAGAUGGCCCUACCGGGUUGCGAAGCAUAUUUCGGACAAGGUACAUGGACAAGUACAACAAAUGUUAGGCGAGUCGAGACUCAGAAGGAGGUUUGAAAACGACAUUCGACUAAUUCAGCCAGAUGAUAUCCUUACUGUUGAUCAUAUUCUUGGAUCUGGGGCCUUUUCCCAGGUAUCCGCAGUGACCACAAGAGAUGGCAGAAGAUACGCAUGCAAACACCUCCAACAAAAGCUCAUGGAAAGGCCGCAAGACUUCCAGCUAGCUGCAGCCGAGCUCGCACUCGAGGCCCACAUUCUUUCUUCAUUCGAUCAUCCAAACAUACUCAAGAUUCGAGGAUGGACCGCAAAUGGCAUAGCCUCCUUCGAAUCUGGAAAACAUAACUCAUUCUUCCUGAUGCUAGAUUUACUGGAYGAAACGCUAGACGAGCGAAUAAGAAGAUGGCGCGAGGAGGAGAUACAUGUACUGAAAAGCGAUUCAAAUUCAACUGCAAUGAUACCAAAUCUCAUUCUCGACGACAAUGUAACACCAGAUCAAUCAUUCUACCACCACCAUCUCUUCAACCACAGCGACUACCCCCGGCGGAGCGCCCUUCAAGACUCAUGUGAUACAAGAUCCCAGACACUCUACGCGGAAAAGAUACGGAUCAUGACCGAAAUCGCAGAGGCCCUGGACUACAUACACGCACAGGGUGUUAUCUUUCGCGACCUCAAGCCACAAAACAUUGGUUUUUCUGCGGAAACAAACGCUGUGCAGAUCUUCGAUUUCGGUCUUAGCCGCGAAUUGCCAUCGCUCGAUACCUCUACUCCUUUUUCAAUGUCCGGAAAAGUAGGAACGCUGCGUUAUAUGGCGCCCGAGGUGGCAAUGAACCAACCGUACAACACAUCUUCUGACAUUUACUCAUGGGCAAUUGUAUCCUACGAACUAUUGACUCUGGAAAAACCCUUYGAUGGGUGGACACGAGACCUUCACGAAGAUUUGGUUUGCAAGAGAGGCGUCCGACCCGACACAAGCAAAACACUCCAUCCGAUUUCGGACGAUAUGAAACUGAUCUUGGAAAAGGCGUGGAGUCCAUUCCCGUCCAAUCGGGGGACUAUGUCCCAAAUAGCCGUGCAACUUCAGUGUAGCUUGUCAAGGAGAAUGGCUUACUUGGCAGAGCAGCAACAGGAACAACAGCAAUGCCGGUUCUUCGAACAGGAGGAACAACAAAUACCACUGUCCGUUGAGACAGUGGCACCUAUGAUUACACCGCCAUCGAUGACAAAUGGUAUCUACAUCGAUAACAUGCCACUCUGUAUAUUACCGAAUCCUUCUUGUGGCACAAGAAUCUCGAGAAGCAUGUCUUUUGAGACAAUCGAAACUAUAAAUACAUCUUCGCUUAGCGUAGACAGCUCAUAUUGCUAUUAAGCUAACUACUGUAAUUUAUAAGUUAUUUACACCCUUCACAAUUCACACG